GACCAGUGGUACGAAGACGAUUUUAUUUAAAUUUUAUUUAAAAGGUCGCUCGGGACUUAUUAUUGUAGACUUCGAAAACUAUUCACACUAAAUCACUUGCAUUGACUGCCCGUACCUUGUCUCGUUUGCUCUGAUACUCCCUCUACACCAUCCCGAGAAAUUACCAUCUUCCGAAAAUGUCGCGCUCGAUCGUCAACACUGUUUCCUACCCCUUCAAGUUCGACCAACAAGGAGUCGUGAAGGAUGGGCAGGCUGGGAAGACGGAGGAUCUCUCGAUCAAGCUCCCCAACGUCCGUGGCCGCAUCCCUUCCCUGCAGGCCUCGUGGCUGCGGUCAAUGAUGCUGGAAGCCCACCAAGACAAGACAAAGAUCAUGGCACACGCUUGCUCGUACGAUGGUCUUUCUUCCCGCCUUGUUGAGGAGGCCGGAUUCCCCAUGAUCUUCCUCGCUGGCUACACAGUGUCGAGCUCAUUCGGCCUACCCGAUACCGGCUACAUCGCCAUGCAGGAGAUGUGCGACAAAAUCCAGGAGACUGUGAGGCAGGUCAAGGUGCCUGUCAUGGCUGAUGGUGAUACUGGAUACGGCAGCUCUAUGAACGUCAAGCGCACAGUACAAUGCUAUGCCGACGCCGGAGCGGCCGGUAUUAUGAUUGAGGACCAGACCUGGCCCAAACGUUGUGGCCACACCAAGGGCAAGUCGGUCGUCGGUCGGGGUGAGGCGUUCGCCCGUAUUCAGGCUGCUUGCGACGCUCGCGACGAAGGCAAGGAUAUUUUCAUCCUUGCUCGCACGGAUGCGCUCAUUCUCGGCUGGGAAGAGGCCAUGACUAGGGCACAAGAAUUCAAGCGCAUCGGAGUCGAUGCUGUCUUUGUUGAGGCCCUGCCCGACAAGGAAGCCAUGCAAAAAUGCGUCAAGGAGCUCGACAUGCCUGUAUUUGCCAACAUCAUCGAGGGCGGCAAGACCGAGAAUCUCUCGGCAAAGGAUCUUGCCGAGCUCGGCUUCUGCGCUGUGGCAUACCCUUGGACCCUCGUGGCUGCCAAGUUGAAGAGCAUUCGCGAAACCCUCGAAGCGCUCAAGGAAAGUAUGACAAAGGGGUCGCCACCUAUGAUUUUGUCAUACUCGGACGUAUGUGAGGGUGUUGGAUUCAACAAGUACUGGGACCAGGAGGAGAAAUACAAGUUUACUUAAAGUAGAGACCGUCGAUUUGUCACCGCCCGUAGUUUGAGAUAGAUUUAAUACUCGGACUUUUAGAUUACGGAUCUUCAGGG